GGGUCCUAGACCAAUUGGCAUAACCAAAAACUUGUACUAGAGAAAUAAUAUACAAAGCCCCUCCGACUUCCACAGCUCCCACCACCGUCAAACCCAACCGGAGACGAAGCCCUAACCGAAAUCCACAAUGCAAGUGCAGCAAAACCCUAGCAUCCCGGUCAGCGAAGUCUACUGGUCUCUUCUCCACAAAGCCGAUAAGAAAUUCUCCAAAAUCCGAGAGCUCCCCUAUUACCACCGCAACAGGCACGAGUACGACGCCUACUUCUACAAGGUCUUCAAGGUCUACACGCAGCUCUGGAAAUUCCAGCAAGAAAACCGCCAAAAGCUCGUCGAGGCCGGUCUCCGGCGAUCGGAGAUCGGCGAGAUCGCGUCGCGGAUCGCGCAGCUUUACUUGGGGCAGUACAUGAGGACCAGCGAGGCUAGCUAUCUGUCCGAGGCGUACAUUUUCUACGAGGCGAUUCUGAGCAGAGAGUACUUCAAGGAGGGCAUGUUGCAGGACCUCAACUUGGCCAGCAAGCAGCUCAGGUUCAUUUCUAGGUUUCUCAUGGUGUGCUUGCUUUUGAAUCGCCGAGAGAUGGUGCAGCAGCUGCUUCAUCAGCUCAAGGCCUUGGUUGAUGACUGCAAGAGGACCUUCCAGGAAACUGAUUUUAAAGAAUGGAAGCUGGUGAUUCAGGAAAUAGUUAGAUUUUUGAAAGCUGACACAGCUUUUAUGAAUAUCAGGCCAUUGAGAUAUAGUAUUGUCCUGGAAUGUCAUCCCGAUUCCUUACCACCUGUUUCCACAUUGGUUGUAAGGAGGUCUUUGAGACUGCGAGAUGCGAUACUAAGCAGCUACCAUCAUAAUGAGGUAAAGUUUUCAGAGCUCACUCUAGACACUUUUAGGAUGCUUCAAUGUCUGGAGUGGGAACCUAGUGGCUCAUUUUACCAGUCAAAUGUUGCUAGAAACGGUCAGAACGGGGCGCCAGGGUCCGGCCGCAUUAACUACUCCCAAGAUAUUGCUGAUCCUACUCUGCCACAUAACCCACGGAAAGCUGUCUUAUAUCGUCCAUCUGUUACACAUUUUCUGGCAGUUCUGGCAACAGUUUGUGAGGAGCUUCCAUCUGAUGGAGUUAUCUUGAUAUAUCUGUCCGCUUCAGGUUCUGGAAUUUAUGCUGAUGCGACAUCUGAUAGACUAAAUCCUUCUUGUGGACAAAGUAAAGGAGAUGACUCAAGCUUACAUGCUAGUUGUUUAAACUUUGGUAGCCAUGGAAAUGGAGGAAUAAAUAGCAUCUAUCCCAGUGACUUGGUUCCAUUUACAAGAAGGCCGCUCUUUCUAGUUAUUGACUGUGACAGCAGUGAAGCUUUUGAGGCUAUAAAUGGAGUACAAAAAGGAGAGACAGCUGCAAUGCUCCUAUCUUCGAGCUCUUCAUAUCAAGCUUCUGAUGUUGGUUCCUCUCGUCAGCCAAGUGGAAGCCUAUUCACUAUUUUCCUUACAGCUCCAAUGCAGGCUUUCUGUUUAUUGCUUGGUGUUUCAGGCACUGACAUUGACAUGGAUAUAUAUAACAAGGCUGAGAAGCUGCUUUCUAGUUCAUUAAGUGACUGGGGGUCUACUUUGGCAACAUCAGAUACUAUUGACCCUGUUUGGGCACAGGUUUUGACUGAUACAUUCCUGAGGCGACUCCUAUUGAGGUUCAUAUUUUGUCGGGCGGUGCUAUCACUCUAUGCUCCAACCUUCAAUAAGAAGGAAUUUAUUCCCAAGUGUGUACCAUGCCUCCCAGCGUCUUUCCUGCCAACAACAGCUGCAUGCCAGACUGUUAUUUUGCAGAUAGCGGAUAUCUUCGGAGCGAGCUCUAAAUUCAUUUUCUCAGAAGGACUUGUACUCCCAGAAAAUAGACAGGGUGACACAGAAGCAGUGCCAUGUUCAUGAAUCAUGGUGUCUAAAACUAUCCCAACACCUUGUAUUGUGUCGGUGCUUGUACAGGAAAUGUGAUUGAAAUACCGAGCUGUGUGUUUUUGUUGUUCUUAGUUAUGAACUUGUAACUUUUUUCCUUUCUUGUGAAAUUACCUGUUGUUGAUUAAGGCAAUCCUUGUAAGAGAUAACUUGGAAUGGUUUUGUAGAAAUGGAAAAAAGUUGAUGUCCCUUCUCA